AAGAAAAACAGAUAUUAUUACGGAAACAUAAAUAUAUAUAUAUUUAAAACAAAGUUGACAGUAAGAGAAUAGAAGAUUUCCAGACUAGAAUCUUUUACCUUAAAAAACAUCAGAUUAUGCCAUUAUAAUCUACUAAAAAAGAAGUAUGUAAAAUUAUUUGCCAAGAUGUGUGUGUACCUUAUUUAUUAAGGGUUUUUGAUUUAUCUUUCUCUGUGCUUGUAUUUAGGAUAGUGUAUUGAACAACUCAUGUAUACCCCUCUACAUGGGCUGUGCGUUUCUAUGUGAGGGACCAAAAAAAAAAAAAAAAAAAAAAAAAAAUAUAUAUAUAUAUUAUGACUAAUAUGAAAAAAAAAAUAUUUGCCAAGGAGCCCAUUAUUAAUCAAAUUCUUUAAAAUGACAAUUUUUAUGCAAUAUUUACUUUUUAAUAUCUCAUUUCUUGAUAACAAUUUUGAAAACUACAUAUUUCUUAAAUCCAUGGGGUUUUUUUGGUUCUUUUUUUUUCAUCCUGUAUAUGUAGUUCUUUAUAUUAAGAAUCAGCAAGAUUAUAAAUGUCUUUCUAUUUUUCUUUUUGUAAUUUCAAACAAUAUUGUAUUUUUAUCUAACGUAGUAUUUCCUCCAUUGUUGAUAAUCCAUUGUUCUGUAUGUUACCAAAGUUCCAAUACCUUUUGGGAUUGAUAAAACAAAUGUUGUAAUUUUUAUGGUUGGGUAUGACAAACAUUGCAAACAUUUGUGUCAGUCUAUGUAUUUAAUUUUAUAUAAGAAAGUGUUAGUUAUUAUUCUUUGUAGAAUCCUAUACUAUAACUAUAGUAAAGAGGGAUCUUUAAAUAUUGUAAAAGGUGGGCUGUAAUAUUGACCCCAUGGUAUUUAACGGAGUAAAAGUUUAGUUAUGCAUACUGGUAAUGUUGUAAAUGAACAAUUUCACUACUUUUAUUAAUGUACCGUAUUUUUAAAAAAUAACAAAUUAACACUAUAUUUUUCUUUAAAUAUUUCAUACUUCAUAAAUUGCCUAUAUUCAUCCAGUAAAUCUUGUAUAAAUAUUAUACCUUUUUUAUAACAGUUUAUAUACCAUUGGUUUAUUAUCACGCACUAGGUUAUUAAAUGACUACACUAGUUCUGAACAUGUGUCAAACUGUAACAACUUCAGCUAUUUACCAGAUGAUGUUGACAGUAUUAAUUGCACUUGGGAGACAAUUUGUGUACCCUUAAAACGAUAUAAUCAAGACUUAGCCAAACCUAAUAGUAAUGGGUACAAAUUGGUUGACUUGUGUAAAAUUAAUAAUAUUUUUAUUAUGAAUGGGAGACUAGGUGCUGAUAGUUAUAUUGGUAUGGUCACAUGCAAAGGCGUUAGCCUGGUUGAUUAUGCAAUCGCAAGUUAUGAUGUUUUUAAUCUUGUUCAACAUUUUAAAGUUUGCGAAUUUGACCCAUUAUUAUCCGAUAUACAUUCUCCAGUAGAACUGUGUAUCAAACAAAACUGUGAUUUGUUCCAAAUAGAUAUCCCCCGAAUAAUGUGACAGGCCCACGGAGAUGGAAUGGGACGCUGAGUGACCGAUUCUUACAAGAAAUUAACCAAUCAGAGAUCGACAGUAUUGUGACCGGCUUACAAGACGGGACGCAGUACCCGACUAACGUUGACGACGCAGUGAAGAAAGUCACUGCUAUAUUUCUUAAAAGUGCUGGAAAAGCUUUUGGUUGCGUAACAACAAAUAGGGUAAGAAGGAAAUCAAAAGCCAAACGAGGUCAUAAGCAAUAGUUUCGGACGCAGUGUUUACAAAGCAGACGUAAUUUCCACGUGGCCAAAAAGAAACACCAGCUGGAAAAGUGUAGGGCUAGUGAAGACGAGUUAAAAACAGCAAGCCGAAACUACAAACACGUUAUUAAAGUCCAUAGUGCUAAACGCUGAUUCAUACUGGUGAGAGACCAUUCAAGUGUGAAUUGUGCACGAAAUGUUUUACGAGUUGUUACAACUUAAAACAACAUAUGAUGAUUCAUAAAGGCAACAAGCCCUUCCAAUGUGAAGUGUACACGAAAUGUUUUACAAAUGGUUACAAAUUCAGAAAACAUCAGCUAAUUCAUACUGAUGAGAAACCUUUCAAAUGUGAAGUGUGUACGAAAUGUUUUAAACUUCGUUCCCACUUAAACCUGCAUAUGUUGAUUCAUACAGGCAAGACGCCUUUCAAAUGUGAAGUGUGCACAAAAUCUUUUACACAGAGCUCCAACUUAAAGCAACAUAUGUUAAUUCAUACUGGCGAGAAACCUUUCAAAUGUGAAGUGUGCACAAAAUGUUUUACACAGAGCACCAGCUUAAAGCAGCACAUGUCGAUUCAUACUGGGAAGAAACCUUUUCAAAUCAGGAAUGUCCCUUUAAAGCAGCACAUGUCGAUUCAUACUGGUGAGAAACCUUUCAAAGGUGAAGUGUGCACAAAAUGUUUUACACAGAGCUCCAGUUUAAAGCAGCACAUGUCGAUUCAUACUGGUGAGAAACCUUUCAAAGGUGAAGUGUGCACAAAAUGUUUUACACAGAGCUCCAGUUUAAAGCAGCAUAUGUCGAUUCAUACUGGAGAGAAACCUUUCAAAGGUGAAGUGUGCACAAAAUGUUUUACACAGAGCUCCAGUUUAAAGCAGCAUAUGUUGAUUCAUACUGGAGAGAAACCUUUCAAAGGUGAAGUGUGCACAAAAUGUUUUACACAGAGCUCCAGUUUAAAGCAGCACAUGUCGAUUCAUACUGGUGAGAAACCU